ACUUCAGACAGGAUCAUGGCGGCGCCUCUCGGGCGGGACACCUUACCUGAACACUGGUCUUACGGUGUCUGCGGGGACGGCAGGGUCUUCUUCAUCAACGAUGAGGCGCGGACCACCACCUGGCUGCAUCCCCGCUCCGGUGAACCGGUAAACUCGGGACACAUGAUCCGCUCAGACCUGCCGCGGGGAUGGGAGGAAGGUUUUACGGACGAAGGGGCCAGUUACUUCAUAAAUCAUAACCAGAGGACCACCGCGUUUCGCCAUCCUGUGAGCGGACAGAUUUCUGCAGAGAACAUGGAUUUUAUCCUGCAAGAACAGCCGCAGGGUGCUUCCAUGAUGUCCAAACCUGGGGGUGAGCAGCUCUCUAGCACCACCGUCAGCGAGGCCUCCACUGCCAUUACCUCCUCCACUGUGGACACAACCACCGCCUCCAAGGGCUCCCGGUCCAGUGGCAAAGUGCACAGCUUUGGGAAGAGAGAGCAGGCCAUUAAAAGGAAUCCCAAUGUCCCCGUGGUGGUCCGAGGAUGGCUGUACAAACAGGACAGCUCCGGGAUGCGUCUUUGGAAGAGGAAGUGGUUCGUCUUGGCUGAUUUCUGUCUGUUCUACUACAAAGACAGCAGAGAGGAAUCGGUCCUUGGCAGUAUUCCUCUGCCCAGCUAUGUCAUUUCACCCGUGGGACCUGAGGACCACAUCAGCCGAAAGUAUGCCUUCAAGGCUAGCCACACUGGUAUGCGCUCGUACAUUUACAAGCAGAGCUCUGUGAUUGGCUCGCAGGCGGAGCACACUGGGAUGCGGACGUAUUACUUCAGCGCUGACACCCAGGAGGACAUGAACACCUGGCUGAGGGCCAUGAACCAGGCCACGCUGAUGCAGAACCACACCAACACACUCAUCAGACCAUCAGACAAGUUAGAGACGUUCAACUUGUUGCAGCAGCAGGCUGUCCCACAGACGAACCACGUAAACCACCACAAGACCCCAGACUCUGACACCCUAAAGCCCAUCAUCCACGAGGUCCUCCUGGAGCCCAUACACCGUGACGCAGACGAACACUGCAGCUUCCACAAAGACUCUCCUGCCACCACCACUUUGGAGCACCCCUUAGGAAGCACAGGCCUGGAAAUGGACACACACACGUCCCUCCCCUCCAACCCUGCACCCUCUGCUCUCCCGCAGUUAGACCAUGUGUCGGCCUCAGCGCCCGUGUCCAGGGUUCCAUCGAGGGCGCCAUCACGAGCCGCCUCGACACUGCCCUCCAGUGUUUGCACAAGGAAUGGCCUCGUCUCGACACCCAGCCCCAUCCUGGAGCCCAACGGGAUCGCAGCAGGGACGUACCAGAGGGCCCCAGCGCCACCCCCUGCUGACACAUACAAGCAGGUGCACAGGAGGAGUGCUCUGGAGCAGGUGGAGCAGUGGGUCAAAGUGCAGAAGGCUGAGCACAAAGGCCCCCCAUCCAGAGAGAACACCCUGCCUCGUCGCACACCACCCACCCAGCACAAGUUCACCACCAUAGAUACAUAUCAGACUCUGCCAAAGACUCCUCGCCAGAGCCCCAUACCAGCCCGACUUGGUGAGUACAAGUAUGCCCAGGACCGCCUCAGCCACUUCCGCCUCACCCCUGACCCAGGCCCCAACACCGUCUGGCAGUUGUACGAGUGGCAACAGCGCCAUCAGUUCCGUCACGGCAGCCCCACAGCGCCUCUCUACACUCCGGCCCCGGACUACCCGUUCGGCCCCCGCCCCCCAUCCACUGUGCCUCCUUCCUCCUCAUUACCCAGGUCGGAAGGGAUGACUCGCUGUGUGUCGGUACCACCUUCAUCUGCAGACAUCCCUCCACCCGGGCCUCCACCUGGCUCCAGCAGGACCCUGUCACCCACACGGAGGCCGCACACACCAGCUGAACGUGUGACAGUCAGACCUGCAGGUGAUAGGUCAGUGGUGGACAUCCCCUUCACUGUGUCCCCCCGCAGGACCAAGUCUCAGCUGCUCAAGGCUGCUACUAUCGAGAGACGGUCAAUGCCUCCAUCUGGCUACAUCACUCACACAGUCAGCGCACCCAGCCUUCAUGGCAAAACGCCCGAGGAGCUCACCCUGCUCCUCAUUCAGCUGCGCCGGCAUCAGGCCAAGAUGGCCUCCGCACGUCAGCACGCAUUUACCCAGCUCCAGCGGCUCAACGGUCCCAAAGAGGCCUACCAACACAACCACUUCCUCACAACUACCACCACUAGCACCAGCCCCCUCCUCAGCUCCGGCCCCUCUCCUGUGUCCCACCUUGGACAUGUGGGUGUCUCAGCUACCCUGGGCCCUUGCAACAUCCAGGCUGAUGACACCUAUAUGCAGCUGAAGAAGGACUUGGAGUAUCUGGACCUAAAGGUAGCUGGAAGUCAGACGCUGAAGGAUUCAGGGAAACCUGUCAAGGUUGCAGAAAGUGAUGUGGAUGUGAAGUUGAGUCGGUUGUGUGAGCAGGACAAGAUCCUCAAGGAUUUGGAGGCGAGGAUCAGCUCCCUGAAGGAGGACAAGGACAAGCUGGAGAGUGUGCUGGAUGUGUCUCACCAGCAGAUGGAGCAGUACCAGGAGCAGCCGGCCCACGCCCACAAGAUCGCCUACCAGCAGAGGCUUCUGCAGGAAGAUCUUGUCACCAUCAGGGCCCAAAUAUCACGCCUCUCCACGGAGAUGGCACACGCCUGGGAGGAAUACAGCCGACUGGAGAGAUCAGUGGAGCAGUUGAGGACUGCGCUGCAGGCGCACAUGAACCACAGCGCUACCCCUCAGCAAGAGAAGGCCGAGAUGAAGCGCGAGUUGUGGAGGAUUGAGGACGUGAUGGGGGGACUGAGUGCCAGCAAAGCUAACUACAAGAUCACCAUUGACUCUGUCCAGAACCCAGAGAAGAAAUUAGUGCCUUCGAUGUCGGACCCGGCAGUGCCUUCUCUGAGCACAGGGGUCCAGCCUCCUCCUCGGAGCUCCAUCCCCAGCAUCCGCUCCCAUACUUUGCCUCACAGCACCGUGCCAACGUGGGCUGAGGACACCGCCCCACCCAGGCCACCACUGCCUCGCCUCUACGACUACGAGGAGACGCCCCCUGUGGUGCCGCCGCUACCCAAAGAGGCCUCGGUCAUCCGCCACACGUCGGUGCGUGGGCUGAAACGCCAAUCAGAUGAGAGGAAGAGGGACAGGGAGAGUGGGCAGUAUGUUGUCAAUGGAGACUGUAAGACUGACUUGCGAUCAUACCUGAGUGAACCAGAGCUGCCAGGACUGAGCCACCACAGCGCCGGGUCUGACGUUGAAUAUCAGUAUUUCCAGAGUAAAGGUCUGUCAGGCCCCUCAUCUCGACUGAACCAGUCCAACUAUAUCGCGUCCUACGUCACCCUAAGGAGAGGCCCCGGGAGCUCCGCAGCCAGGGAGAGACCCAAGAGUGCCUUGGAGCGUCUGUCAUCUCCUACAGAAGCUCCGCAGCUCCCAAGCAGCCAGUCUCGAGGGCGAAUGACCGCGGAGGAGCAGCUGGAGCGGAUGAAGCGCCACCAGAAGGCGCUCGUUCGGGAACGCAAGAGAAACCUCAGCCAGGGCGAGCGUUCCAGCACAGGCCUCUCCACCUCCACUGUCACCACCCAGCGCUCAUCCUCCUCCUCCAGGCUGCCCUCCAGCACCUCCGAUGCUCCGGCCUCCGUGUUUGAUUGGCAGGAGGAGCGGCUUGCUGCAGAGGGUCAGAGCGAUGAAGGGUGGAGUCAAGUAAAAGAGAGACGAAGGAUCCAAUCAGAUGAGUGGGUGAAGGCAACCGCAACGACUACACGCAUACGAGAGGUGGAUGUGGAGCCUCUGGACUAUGACCUGGACAUCAGCCGAGAGCUGUCCAAACCACAAAAAGUUCCCAUCCCAGAGCGCUACAUAGAGUCUGACCCUGAUGAGCCUCCGAGUCCAGAGGAGCUGGAGGAACGCUCCCGCCGGGCCGAGCGCAUCAGAAAUCUGCUGGCCAAAUCCAGUUUUCAGAACAUGCAGCCGUCUGCACCUCUGGACUUCAGUGAGCUGGACUCGGCUCUACAGCAGCAGGAGAGGAUCAUGAACGUGUCCCAGGCACUGGCCUCGGAGGCCUCACGCAAGAGCAAACUGGUCGCAGCCAAAGCUGCUGCAGAGCACUGACCUGCAGGACCGACACAGCAGAAGAGAUUCUCUGAGAAGGAGAAGGAUCGAAUCUUUGUUCAACAGUUGCCAACUAACUGAUUCACUUGUAACAAAUGUUUUUUUUAUGGGUGAGAACAUGACACACAUUUCUUCAGAGUUUCCUUUAGAGAUUUGUAGUUUUGAAAUAGAAUUAAGUUCUUGCUUUCAGCACUUACACUGCACAUUUAAGCAACAAUAAUUUAUAAUGAGUGAAUAGCUUUUUUUCUGCGGUUAGCUGUUCCGCAGUUUGCUCUUUAUUUUUAUGAAUGAAUAAAAAGAGUGAAAUGAAAGCCAAUGCCAACAUGCUCAGAUUAGUAA